UUUCCGGUUUCUUCACCCAAUGUGAAGUAGAUAAACGGGACGGCCAGAGGAACCGCUGCUUCGCCGCUGCCGCUGCUCCUGGAAAGCGGAGCCACGGACGGAGCCAUGGUGUCCUCCGUCGUGUUGUUGGUCCUCUGCGUGGCUUCUGUGUGGGAACGAGCAACCGCGGAUAAAAAACUCGUAUUCGUGACAGUGUUGUUUCGACACGGUGACCGAUCGCCUGUCAAAGCCUAUCCCACUGACCCCUACCAGGAGAGCGCCUGGCCUCAAGGCUUUGGGCAGCUUUCACAGGAGGGGAUGAGGCAGCACUUUGAGCUGGGUCAGUACCUGAGGUCUCGCUACCAGAACUUCCUGAAUGAAUCUUACGAUCGGCACGAGAUCUUAGUUCGCAGCACCGACUACGACCGGACUCUGAUGAGCGCCGAAGCUAACCUGGCAGGUCUCUACCCCCCCAGCGGGGAGCAGGUGUUCCGUCCCGAGCUGAAGUGGCAGCCCAUACCGGUCCACACGGUGCCUCAGAGCCAGGAGCGGCUCCUGUCGUUCCCUCUGGGGGACUGUCCUCGCUACAAGCAGCUGAUGGAGGAGACGGAGCGCACCAAGGAGUUCAUAAACAUCACCAGCACGUUCCAGGACCUCAUUGAGCUGGUGAGGAAUAAAACUGGACUGGAGCAGACCACUGUGGAGACGGUGUGGAGCGUUUAUGACACGCUGUUCUGCGAGGCCCGACACAACAAAUCCGCCCCGGCCUGGGUGACUCCUGACGUCAUGGAGAAACUCCGGAUCCUCAAAGAUUUUGGCUUUCAGGUCUCCUUUGGUUUCUACAAACAACAAGAGAAGAGUCGUCUGCAAGGAGGAAUCCUGCUGGGAGAAAUUGUGAAAAACAUUUCCAGGAUGGCCGUUCCCGACCCCAAGCAGCGAUUCAAAAUGAUGAUGCUCUCGGCGCAUGACACCACCGUCGCUGCUCUUCAAGCCAGUCUGGACGUGUUCAACGGAAAGCAGCCGCCAUACGCAUCCUGCCACUUUUUUGAGCUCUACAGGAAUGACGACGGAUCUGCAUCGGUGUCCAUGUUUUACCGCAACGACAGCAGCGUCGAACCCUACCCCCUCCAGCUAUCCAACUGUUCCCUCGACUGCCCCCUAGAGGACUUUGUGAGCAUUACAAGCCAUUUUAUCUCUAAAAACAGAGACGAGGAGUGUCAGCUGCCCUCAGCAGAGAUUGACAGAGAGGUCAUCAUCAGCCUGGCCGUGGCCAGCUGUCUGCUCCUCAUCCUCAUCGCCAUUCUCCUCACCGUCAUCUGCCGGCAAAGUGAGCCCCUCAGAAACAGGGGGUACCACCACGUGAGAAACCAGGAAGCCGGCGAGGCCUCCUGACAGAAACUCCUCCCACUGAGAUCUGCAAAGAUCGAUUUGUAUGACGUCAGCAGCGGCGGCGAGGAUGAUGAACUCUAAACUGUGUGACGUUUGAGUUUGUGGGUGAAGUUUGUCCAUGACCAAAAAGCCUUAAAAUAAUGGGUGCUUCUCUGUGGCUAGUAUUAUUUUUGUAUGGCUUUUCUGAUUACAAGCUGUUCUAGUGUGUUUGGAUCAUGCUGGGAAAAUCAAAUGUGUUUAGAAAUAUUGUAUGAGGUGUAAUUUGGGAGCAGAAAGUGGAAAAAAAUUGUAAUUCUUCUCCAAAGUAUGGAAGGUCAAAAGGGACAAAAUGCAAUAAAGUACAAAUGACUGAAAGCAUUAUUUUUCUUACAUUUAGAAAAUGAAUCUAACAAUAACUACAAUAGAUAUAGGUUAACCACAUGACCAGGGAUUUAGUGGGCGGAGCUAAGGUUUUCAAAAAAGUUUUUGCCAAAAUUAAGUAUAUAUUUAAGUAAAUAUUUGACAUCCAUAACGUAACUGGUGUACUGACGUACAAAUGCAAACCAGAAUCGUUUAAUUUUUGCUAGCAAAUUCUAUGCUAACAAAUUUUUUUUCUUUACCUCAUAAUUUGCCCUACCCUUUAUUUGUUUUAUAGAAUCAGUGAAAUUAAAGUUUGGAAAAUAUAAAAAUGGAUCCAACAAUAAAAAUAUUAUAUAUAUUUCAAAUUUCUGUGUAUUUUGACCCAUUUGGCUUUCCAUAUUUUUCCCUUAACUGCCAAUUAAAGACGGCACCUUUUAAACCUUUUUACCAUGAAAAUGAUUAACUUUAUGUACUUGAUACAUAAAGGGAAAUACUCAUAACUGUUCCUUCUAAAGCUUUAUCAAGAACAUUUAUGAUUUAUUCACAGUAUGAAUGUUUAAAUCUCACAACUGAGCAAAAGACGAACACGUGAUCGAGUAAAUCAGCAGAAUAAUCACAGGUGGCCAGUAAAUAUGAGAAUGUGAUUUGUAAUACAAGCGUGCACUCUGAACAUAUUUGUUGAUUUAAAUGUGUCUUUUUUUCUAGCUGGAAUCCAUCUUUGUUCUCACUUUUAAAAAAUAAAUAAAACAGGGCAGAUCUUGAAGAUGCUCGCGUUAUUUUGUUAGCUCAAAAAUGAUAGAAAUGGUUGCAUGUAAUUCAAAUUAUUUUAAUAGUUUAUAAAACAAUAAAAAAUCUAUGAGCAAACAAACAAAAAAAGCAACAUUUAGUUAUAUAUCUAGUGUGCCGUAAUAAAAUAAGCACAUCUAACCGAUUUACGGAAUUCAAAAUACACAUUUAAAGACUCCAAUGCAAAUUUUAUGCUAACAAUUUUUUCUUUACUUCAUAGUUUACCGUAGCAUUAUUUGUGUUAUAGGAUCAGUGAAAUUCAAACUUGGAAAAUAUAAGAACAUAGAUCCAACAAUUACAUUUUUUUUGUCCCUUUUGGCUUUCCAUAUUUAUAAAUUGUUUUUAACAUGUUGUGGCUUUUUUUUUAUCAUGGUGGAUGACAUGUAUUCCAAAUAUUAAUCUCUAAAGUAUUUCUUUAAAUAAAUGUUGACGUAGAAAAUA